AUGGUCGGCAACCAGGGCCUCCCCGUGAAGAAGCUGGUCCGUUGGUUGGGUACGCAUCCACUUCUCAUUCAAGAGCUCGACCGACACUGUGACCGCAGCCAUCCACAUGAAGAGGUGCAAGGAGGUGGACCUAAUGGCAGCACCAAGCUCUCACAGGUCUACACCUGGCAGCUAGCCGACGCCAUCUGCCGAGGUCUCACCAGGGCCAUCGAGAGCGAGGAGUUCGGACACGGCAUCUACCUGUGCAGCUACUACCCCGUCUCCUACGACGCCCCAGCCCCCACCGUGCACCACGUCUGCUAUUCGGCGCCCGACAUGGACGAGACAAAGUGGAAGAACAUCAUGCAAUCGGUCGUCGAUGUCAUGAGUCGAAGGAACGCCCCCUCAGCUCAGGUGGCGCAGGACUCAGAGAUGCGGAAGCAGGUGUCCGAGUUGGUUCCCUGGCAGAUCUUGUACAUGCAGGCCGCCUUCCAGCCGAAGGCGAAGCCUACGCACCACCAGAACGAUUUCAAGACCCAGUACGAUACGGGUUGUUCAUUAUCGGACGUGCUCCAGUUGGCUAAGUACCAGCACCACCUCGACCACCAGUCGAAGGCGAAUCACGACAGCCAGUCCCAGUACCCGACGAACCACAGCCAGACGAACUUCAGCCUCAGCCUGUUCAACAACGUGCCGGAGAAGCGCGCCGCCCCCAUCGUUGCCAGGAUGCACCAGAACUUGAGCCACCCGCUGCAGGCUGAUUUCACGAGGUUCCUGAACGCGAGCGAAGCGAGCCAGGUGCUGGUGAUUUUCAAUUUGGCUUGGUUGUCUUGGGCUGGUUAUCCAGAUCAUGUGGUGCGCGAUCGUGAUGGAGCUUUUCAAGCUGCUUUCGUUGAACAUCUUGAGGCUCACGACGUUCACGUCGAGAAGCCCCCAGCUGAAGCUCACUGGCAGUCAGGACGAGUCGAGGCGAACAUCACGCUCUGGAAGCACAUGGCUAAGAAGGUGAUCGACACGAUGCAGCUUGCCGGAGUUGAGGACAUGGAGCUGAUGGCACCUGCGAUCAACCAGUCUCGCAAUUCUCGUGUUCGACAAUGCGGUGCUUCACCAUAUCAGUGGACUUUCGGUAAGGACCCGAGGAUCCCCGACAGCAUCACCGACCCAGCUAAUUCUGCCGUCGUACACAGCGCCAUGACCGCAGACGCCGAACUUGCUAAACGAGCCCGGGUACGAGCCCUCGCAGACAUGGCCUUCACCGAGUACGACAGGUCCGAGUCUCUCAAGCGCGCGAUGCUUCGAGUUAACCGACCUUACCGAGGAGACUACGCACCGGGAGAUCGAGUGGUUUUCUGGCGUCAGGCGAAGAACAAGAAGGGCAAGCAAUACCCAGCAAGGUUCAUUGUGGCUGCUGUGGUUGGUCCUGGUGGUAGUGGCGGUGGCGAUGACAACAAUGUUUGGAUGAGGGAGGACGUGAACACGUUCGAGGACUUCUACCACCUCCUGCUCAGCCACCGGCUGAACCACGACAGCUAA